UCGCAUGGCAUCGUUUUCAUCGUGCGAUAUCGCGCGAUACGCAAUAACUCGUCGAUAUGCAACUCCGUAUUUCGCGAUGCGCGCGCACUCGCUGAGGUUAAGACGGGCUUGUGACGUGCACACAGUGAUGCGCACGGAGUUCGUGACUCCGACGUUAAUUGUUGUUACGUUACUUGUUGUUGCUCGGUAUCACGGGCAUCGAUUGAGACUCGACAAAUUCUGCACGCCUGCCCGACGAUGUCGCCGUGAGGCCUCGAGUAACCAGCUGACGAUCGACAUUUCGAUUUUCAAAUCUCGGAGCAGCCCUCUUCGAGCGACUCUCUCUCUCUCUCUCCCUCUCCGCAAUUGCCUAUAUAGCGAUUGGAACUUUAUUCACGAUAAGCGAUAACUCACCGUCGACAUGUCGAUACGUCGGAGAAGCGAUCCGUUUAUGACUCAACGUAUUUGGGACACGAUUAAAACUACAGUACAUCAAAGAAGCUUACCUAACAACGACCGUAUGGUACGGCACUUGGCUCGGGUUUACGGCUAUACAGAACAGGAAGCUCAAGAGGAACUCAACAAGGCGGCCGAGGACGGUCUCGUCGUGUUGAAAAAAGUACCUGCAAAAAACGGCAUCGAGCAAGAGAGCUACAGAUUGCCGCCAAUAGACCUGUCGACUACCGCCGACAAUUACGAUUGGUACUGUUGCAAGUGUCAGAGAGCGGGCGCGGUUGAGUGCUGCGAACAAUGUCACAGAGUGUACCAUCCGGAAUGCUACAACGGCAGCACUACAAAAUUGAAGAUUUGUGUUUUCUGCGAGAAAAUCAAUAACGACACAUAUCCCGACAAGACCGAGUUGAAUCACAUCCUCAGUUUCACGUGCGGCCAUCUGAAAGCAAAGUUACCGCCGGAAAUUACAAAUCGGGCGAUCGUUUUCAACAACGGGCCGAUUGUCACGCCUCUCAAUGGCUUCUCCGGGCCGACCUGGGUGAGCGAGGGCGAAGACGCCUGGCGGCCGGGUAUUCUCAUAAAGAAACACAUGGACUUGGCGAUAAUGGACGCGAAAACAAAUAACAAAGAGUACAAGAAUCUCGCCGAGUUCGAGGCUGACGCGCACAAUAUCCUGCACAACAUCAUGAUAUACCACGGAACUCAAAGCGUAAUCGGGGACAUGGGCCAAACGAUGUACCAGGAUUGCUGUUACGAUCUUCAGGAGAUUCGCCGUUGCGCGGACUGCUACCGCAUAUCGAACGAGAAAUCCGAGAAGAUGUGGUUCUGCAUACCGUGCAAUCCCCCUCAUCAGCUGGUCUACGCGAAGCAGAAGGGUUACCCGUACUGGCCCGCCAAAGUGAUGCAGGUUAACGGCAACGUGUACGACGUGCGUUUCUUCGGGGGUCAUCACAUGAGAGCCAAUAUCGAGAAGGUCUUCAUCCGGCCCAUCUCCUCCACGCUGCAAAGUUUGCAGAUAAAAAGAUCAACAGCAUGGAACAGGGCUUUCGAAGAGCUGAAGCAUCACCAGCACCUGCUGGCGAAGUUGGGCAAGAAAAAGGAAGAAAUUAACACGGAGGACGACGACGACGACGGUCCUACGCCCGCGAAGAUGCGGAAUCAAGAAUCGUCAGGUUCGAAGGGCGGGUCGCACAGUUCGAAUCUGCCGAAGCAGCUAAUCAAGGAUCUGAGGGUAAAGGUUGAGCGGUUGAGUUCGGACGGGCAUCCCGAGAUGCAGCCCGCAAACGACGCAGCGGAUAACAAGGACAACGCCUCGAAGAGCAACGGCUCGAACGAGGACAGGCAAGUGCCUCAUUUACCAGUUGCGGAGGACGAGCCCGCUCGGGAAAUAACAAGUACAUGUCCGCAAGGCUUGAAGAAGGAGGGCUCGCAGGAGGAUAUGGUCACGUCCAGUUGUCAAGAACCGAGAUCGAAGUGCGUUCUUGUGCAGACUGAACAAAUUCAAGCGGACGGGCUUCCUCCAGCCAAGAUCAAGAGGGAACGUCGAACCUCGGAACAGCCGACGACAACGGCAUUGGAGAAGUUACGUCGUGAAUUGGAACUUGACAAGUGCAGGGAACUGGAAAGAUUGCAGGCAGAAUAUAGAAAAGAGUUGCGGCAAAUAGAGCAGAAGCACAAACAAGCGAUAUCUGACAUCAAAAAGAAACAAUGGUGUUACAACUGCGAGAAUGAAGCGAUAUACCAUUGUUGUUGGAACACCGCGUACUGUAGCACAGACUGCCAACAGAUUCAUUGGCAACGCGAACACAAAAGGGUGUGCAGGCGUAAGCGCUAAUUCACCUGGAGGAAUAUGACAAGUACAAUAAGAGACGUCAGAGAACGUUUAAAGAAAUACGAGUAUUCGUUUUCAUAUAUGUGUAUAUAUACACAUAUAUAUGUACAGAGUGUCCCGGGGAAUAUCCAUCCCAAUUUCUGCUAAUAAACUCGAUUAUUAGAGACGUGAAAUCUGAAAAUUCUUUUUAUGCAAUGUCGAAAAAAAAGGUAGAUUUUAUGUCUUAGAUUUUAUGUGAAUACAUUUAAAAGAAAAAAC